UGUGGUUGAAAGCAUUUUAAGAAUUAAAACGCCAAUAUCGUCGACAGCAUUACGGGGAUGAGACAAUUUUAAAUACCCACUUGGCCAUAAUGGAAGAGAAUCCGCGCGAAAGUGAAAAAACAUCCGAAGAAACGAAAGGAAAAUCCAGCCUUCGUGAACGUUUCAAGAUGUUUGGAUGCACGCUUGAGUUAUUUUAUUACAAGGUUGUGUUCUUCGUCUCUUAUGGCGCUUUCGGUUGUUUAAUGACUUUCCUUCCCUUGUACUUCAAGCAACUAGGUUUGACUGCUGGUCAGACAGGAGUACUUAUCGGAGUGCGCCCUCUUUGUCAGGCUGUAGGAGCACCCUUAUGGGGAGUCCUUGCCGACAAAUACAAACGACGGAAAGCCAUUCUUCUUAUCGGGGCUACGGCUUGGUUGGUCAAGAAUAUGUUAAUUUUGGCUGUUCCUUCGAGUCACCAAGAUUGUGUUGCACUCGCUGAAGGCAAAUCCCAUUUCGCACAGACAGACAUUAAGCUGGAUUCUCGAGUGAAUUCCAUCGACUUAAAUUCCACUUUGCCCACCGAUUUAACGCAGACAAGUACGCCAACUUCAGCUCUUGAUUACUUAAUACAAGUAGACGAAGCAAAGCUCUGGAAGUUGUUUUACAUACUUCUCGGUAUCGUGGUCGUCGGGGAGAUGUUUGGCUCUAUCCUCCACCCUCUUUUGGAUGGUUGUGCUGUGGACUACCUCGGCGACGAGAGAAAGUCCUACGGCCGCCUGCGUACAUGGGGUUCCGUAGGAAUGGUGGUAACUAAUUUGCUCGUUGGCCUCGUAAUAAAUCACUACACUUACGAGUACUGUGGCGAAAUACACAAACGUUACUCCAUCGCUUUUUACUUUUUCGCCGCGUUCAUGGUUAUUACGAUGAUCUUUUUAGUCUUGGUUAAAAUCGUCUACUCCGAUGGACCGAAGGAGGUAUCGUUAUCGGCCAUCAAGGACCUAUUUGAUUCUCGUGUAAAAUGUUCAUUUUGGCUCGCUGCAAUUGCCCUCGGAAUAAGCGAUGGAUUUCAGGGGGAUUUCAAUUCAUGGUUCCUUGACGAUCUCAAAGCCACUUCCUUCGAGGUUGGUUUAGCUGCAUCCUUACACUUCGUCUUCAGUGCCCUGUGCUUCUUCUUCGCCAACUACAUGCUGGAACGUUUUGGUUAUUUCAUGACAAUUGCUGGAGGAGUUGCACUGUACGCAAUCUUGUUCAUCUGCUUUUCCUUCGCUCAAAGCCCAUGGGUUGCAAUUGUGUACUACGUUAUCAUCGGGGGAGUGUUUGCUGUGUUCUGGACAGCCUGUGUGGCCUAUGUUGGAUCCAUCGCCUCCCCUCUCGCUAUCGGAGCCGCUGCUCAAGGAAUCCUAAACGGACUCUUUGUUGGUGUUGGAAUCGGCGGGGGAACCAUCCUGGGCGGAUUGUUGGUGGGCUGGAUUGGAAUGCGUGCAACAUACAGAAUCUUUGCGUUUUUCCUUGCUCUGAUUUUAAUGCUGUUUCUUGGCUUGCAAUGGUCAGGAAGGCAAGAAAAUAGCGGAGAAUCAACGUCAUCCUACCAACCUGUGCCGAAUCAGCCAGAUGAUCAAGAGGAAUAAAGGAGUGUUAUUCGCGUCUUCCUGGUUUCCUAUGAUCGAAGCGACCAUACGAGAAGAGAAAUUUCAUUGGCAGAAUCAGAACUCUGAACGUGUGGUUUAGAAUUCAAAUUGGUUCAAUUUUAAGCCGUUUUCUCAAAAUUAUAAUCGAGGUUGUCAUGGGUGUCGCUCCUUGUUGUUGAAGGAAUAUACAAAAAACUUUAUUUUCAUCUCAUGAUUUUUAAAGUUGGAUAGAUAAAAACUAAACUUUAUUCGACAAAGUUUAUAAAAAUAACUAUAAAAUAUGUUUUAAUAAAUCCAGCUCUAAGAGUACAUCUGCAAAUAUACAGCCUACCUAUAAAGUCAAACGGAAGUAAUUGAGCUGUUUAGAUUUAAACUAGCAAAAUAUUAUCAUCCGUUGGUCGUUUUGAGUUAGCAAUAUG